AUGGAGGAAUCGGCACCCAUCUCCAGUAGCCGAGACAUCAGUCCAGUGAAGGAAAGUAACAAAAGAUGGCGAAAUGUUUUGGCGUCAAUAUCCAUCAUUCUUUGUCAAUUUGUCCAGACUAUUCCGCUGGGGGCGGGGUUCAAUGGCGGACUACACAUGGCAAAAGAGCUCGGUGUUAGCCCUGAGUACGCAUUAUGGAUCAUUGCUUCAUACCCACUCACCCAGGGAACGUUCGUCUUGAUGGGGGGACGCGUUGGUGCUGUCUACGGGCACAAAAAUGCAGCUGUUGCUGGUGGUGCUGCUUGGGUCAUCUUUCACUUGAUAUCCGGGUUCAUGCGCAGCAUUAUCUCCCUGAGCAUCAUGCGCGCAUUGAGCGGAAUCGGUGCUGCUUUCGUCUUCCCAAACGCCGUCGCACUUCUUACUAUUACCUAUCCACCUGGCAAGGCCAGAAACAUCUCGGUCGGAUUGUUUGGAGCGAUGGCACCAAUUGGCGCAGCAGGAGGAAGUGUAUUCCCUGGCCUGUUCGGACAGCUCGCUCCUUGGUGGUGGCUAUUCUUCUUCCUUGCCAUUCUGGGGACGGUGAUAUUUGUGUUUUUCUUCCUCAUUGUGCCCGGAGAGACUCGCCCGAUGGACCCCAAUGGCAGAGUUGACUACGUCGGUGCGUACCUGGGGGUUGCAGGCUUGAUUCUCUUCAAUUUUGUUUGGACGCAAUCUGCACUCGUCGGCUGGUCUGUCCCAUACGUCUAUGCACUACUGAUAGUCUCGGUCUUACACAUGACCGCCUUCGUGUUCUGGGAGCUCAGAGUAUCGGAGCCGAUCAUGCCCAUGAAUAUCUGGGGCUCCCCAUCCUUCAGUAUGAUGAUUGUGUCGUCGUUUGUCUCUUUCAUGGGCUUUGGUAUGCUUCUGUGGUACCUGACGGCAUGGCAAAUUCAACUGAGGGGCUACAGCGUUCUUCUCAACGCCGCCACUUACGUGCCCUUAGCCCUUGGUGGUGCUGGGGCUGCAAUACUUAGCGCUAGGGUUGUACGGCAUUUGGCAGCGCAGUACAUACUGGCCAUCGGCUCCCUCGCGACACUGAUCUCGCUUAUCCUGGUCGCAACAAUGCCCGUUCAGCAGACGUAUUGGGCUCAAGCUUUUCCCUCUAUUCUCCUCGGAUCUCUCGGGCCCGACUUUGUAUUCACAGCGUCCCAGCUCAUCGCGAGUGGAACUGUCAAACGCGAAGAACAAGGACUGGCUGGAUCGCUAAUCGGUACCAUUCUUUCCUACGGUCUGGCGACGGGGUUAGGGUUUGCGGGAACCGUCGAAUACUACACAAAUAAUCACGGAAAGGAUCUGGUGCAGGGUUACAGGAAUGGCCUCUACCUUGGUAUUGGCAUGGCUGGUACGGCCAUCAUAUUGUCGCUUGUCUUUGUGAGGAUACCGAGAGAUAGAAGGGAAGGUUGGGACAACGAACCGGAGAUGAGCGACGUUUCAAACGCUUAG